CGACUCUCAUGGAUCCGGUUCCGCCCUCCCUUUAGCUGCGGACCCUCCGGGGCUAGAGUCUGAGAUCCCUUUCCCAGAGUGCCCUGCGCCGUGAAGAAGCGGCUCCCGGGGACUGGGGGCAUUUUGUGUUGGCUGGAGCCGGAGUAACAAGAUGGCGGCGUCGGCCGAGUGACAGGGGUCCCUGCGGGCAGGAGCCGGCGGCAGUGGUAGCAGCGGUAUCGUCGCCCUAACUCACCGUACCCCUUUUCCAGCCCGUGACGUCGCCGCAGAAACGAGGCCGCGGCGGCCGCCCAGAAGCAAGUGGCUCCGACUUGGUAACCGCGAGAACCCCCUCACAAACUGCGGCCCAGCAAAAAGAAACCUGACUGAGCGGGGGUGAUUAGGUUCCCCUUUGCCGAUUCUGGGCCGGUAACGCCGAGCAAGUCAGCGUUUUCCGUUUUCUGCCGCCCUCCUGCGCAACCUUGCUCAGUAGACGAGCCCCAGGGGCCUCAGUCCUCCUCACAGAGGUGUCGGGGCUUGGCCCCAGCCUCCAUCUUCGCCUCACAGGAUGGCGAGCAGCAGCGGCUCCAAGGCCGAAUUCAUCGUCGGAGGGAAAUACAAACUAGUACGGAAGAUCGGGUCCGGCUCCUUCGGGGACAUUUAUCUGGCGAUCAACAUCACCAACGGCGAGGAAGUGGCAGUGAAGCUAGAAUCUCAGAAGGCCAGGCAUCCCCAGUUGCUGUAUGAGAGCAAGCUCUAUAAGAUUCUUCAAGGUGGUGUUGGCAUCCCUCACAUACGGUGGUAUGGUCAGGAAAAAGACUACAAUGUUCUAGUCAUGGAUCUUCUUGGGCCCAGCCUCGAAGACCUCUUCAAUUUCUGUUCAAGAAGGUUCACAAUGAAAACUGUACUUAUGUUAGCUGACCAGAUGAUCAGUAGAAUUGAAUAUGUGCAUACAAAGAAUUUUAUACACAGAGACAUUAAACCAGAUAACUUCCUAAUGGGUAUUGGGCGUCACUGUAAUAAGUGUUUAGAAUCUCCAGUGGGGAAGAGGAAAAGAAGCAUGACUGUUAGUACUUCUCAGGACCCAUCUUUCUCAGGAUUAAACCAGUUAUUCCUUAUUGAUUUUGGUUUGGCCAAAAAGUAUAGAGACAACAGGACAAGGCAACACAUACCAUACAGAGAAGAUAAAAAUCUCACUGGCACUGCCCGAUACGCCAGCAUCAAUGCACAUCUUGGUAUUGAACAGAGUCGCCGAGAUGACAUGGAAUCAUUAGGAUAUGUUUUGAUGUAUUUUAAUAGAACCAGCCUGCCAUGGCAAGGACUGAAGGCUGCAACAAAAAAACAGAAAUAUGAAAAGAUUAGUGAAAAGAAAAUGUCCACUCCUGUUGAAGUUUUAUGUAAGGGAUUUCCUGCAGAAUUCGCCAUGUAUUUAAACUAUUGUCGUGGGCUGCGCUUUGAGGAAGCCCCGGAUUACAUGUACCUGAGGCAGCUAUUCCGCAUUCUUUUCAGGACCCUGAACCACCAAUAUGACUACACAUUUGACUGGACAAUGUUAAAGCAGAAAGCAGCUCAGCAGGCAGCCUCUUCAAGUGGGCAGGGUCAGCAGGCCCAAACCCCCACAGGCAAGCAAACUGACAAAACCAAGAGUAACAUGAAAGGUCUUAAAGAUGAGAAGUUGAAGAAGAUGAGAAUUCAGUUUCUUAAAUGAAUCUUUAGCCAGUAGAUCUCUACUACAGGAAUAUCCUGAAUUAGUAUGUUUCUUGGAAAAAAAAUCGUAAUUAAACUUAAGUUUAAUCCUUAUUUUGUAUUGUAGCUAUUUUUCUUAAAAGCACCUUAAAAUCUUAGAAAAUUUCAUGUUACCAGACACAGGGGUUAUACAAAUUAUUAUAUAAACACAGACUUAGAAAAUUUUCAAAAAUGGACUUUAUGAAACACAUCAUUUCAUUGACUGACUACUUUCAGAGAUGAACUUCCAGAUGGUACACUUUGACUCUGAGCAAAGUAUUGCUAAUAAAAUGUGCCACUCCUCAGAAUAAAAACAAAAAUUUUUUUGACCAUUGACUUCUUGAAAGCAUUUGUUUUGUUUUGGAUAUAGAACCCAACCAAAUCUGACACAAAACCCCAACAUAUAAAGCCAUAGAAAUAUUAGCAAGGUUGAGGGUGGCACAAAGUAAGUAUGGGGAGCCUAUUCCCCUGACCUCUACCCCUUAACCCUAUUAUCUGGGUCAUCAAGAAAUCUAUGGAGUCUGGAGUUUGAAAACAACUGCUCUAGGUUUCUUGCUCCUGAUUCCAGUCUCUUAAGUACUGAAGGGUGUUUAAAGCAUGCUCUCCCAGGGUGUGCUCUGGUUUUCACUCAAGGAAGAGCUUGUGCCGCUCAGCGACUCACUGCUUGGAUUCCAAGAAAUCCGUUCAGUGGUGGUCAUACCAUAUUAAUUUUUUCUAGUUAAAAUUUGAGCAGGUACUUUUUAAACAUGGUCAUUCAUGGAGUUACACUUUCAGAGGUUUCCACGUCAGAGAAUUCAGUUUCUUAAAUGAAUCUUUAGCCAGUAGAUCUCUACUAUAGGAAUAUCCAUUCUUGGAAAAAUUCCCCCAAAUGAUGGCACAAGGCAUCUUUCCUAAUGUCUGCUAUGAUCUGUAUUACUUCUAAGUGCUCAAAUACCACAAGAUGAUGAUUAUUUUUACAUAUGGUAUAAAGAAAAAUAAAAGACAUCAGAUACACUUCCAAAUGCAUUUCACUCUAUUUUCUUCAACUGUAUGUAAUAAUUAGGAAAGUACUUCUUAAAAAACAUUUAAAAAGUAGUAAAGGAAAAGGAAAUAUAUUUAGGGUAUUGAGAAUCCAAUUAAGUUCACCACUUCUUUAGUUGAGGGCAGAGAUGGGGAGAAUUUCAGAAGGUAGUGAAGCCAAAGGUGGAUCGUCACAUAAUUCUUUUCACAUCAUCUUAACCCAUCUGUUUACUACUUCAGCCAUCAAUACUAAGCAUUGUUUUAUCGUAAUUGUAUACACAGAUGUCAAAUUGUUGAUAUCCAAGACAUGAGAAAUAUUUUUCCGUUAUAUUAUCCUACCAUGUCCAUGGACUCUCUUGAAUUGCCUUCCAGUAUUUACUGGGCUUCACCUACCAUUUAUGUCUAGCUUAAUUUUUUCUGACUUCACCAAUUGCUGCUAGGAAUGUGGCUGGUCACUCAGCAAGGUAAUCCAAAUCACAGGGGAAGACCAUGAAAUGUCUGGAGAAGACUGAUCUGCUCUGAAUACACUCAAUCCAGAGAAGUGCCAGGGAGCUGCAUCUGCUUGAUGACAUUUUUGUCAGCUCUUUUCAGCAGACAAUAAAGCUGGACAGAAAAGAACUAAAUAACGAACAGGAAAUGAUGAGUGGGCAGGAAUUAAUUUGUCGUGAUCUGAAGCCCACGUCUCCAAGCCUUGCUGGACCUAUCAGACUUUUCAACUUGGAUGAUAACAACAGUCAGAAGCCCUGAAGAAGAGUAUAGUGUUACUGUGAUACAGUGGUGUAUAAUGCAGACAUGCUGUCCCGUUGGGGAAGGAAUCAACUGUAACAGGAACAAAGGAAGUUAUUCCUUAUUUUCACUAUUACAGUGAAGAUUGGUUUUCGGACUUUGAGAAGCCAGGAGACAUCACCUAAACUACAAGAUAAAACCCAAGAACUAAUGCACACUGGGGAAAAAAGAAUGCUUAGCACUUGAAGAUUGAACAUUGAAUACCUGCUGAAUGUUCCUUUUGAGAUUUUUCCUUAAGCAAACUUCAGUAAUAUCUUAAGACAAUUCAGUGGAGAAACAUUGAUCCCUGGAUAGCGUAUCCUACCGCUGACCAAUCUGAAGAGUUAAAUCUGGAUUUGACUGCUUUAUUCUACCAGGAAUAUUGCUAGGAUAGCUGUUAAACAAUCCGUAAACAAUUGUAAUCAUGAAUUGACCCAGCAAUUCCCCAAAUAUUAGAUUAAAAGAUGAACAGAUAUAAUUCUUAUCUAGAUAUAAUUUUUACUUCUAUUAAAGAUACAAGAGUUUUCUAGUAUUUUGACAAUGUAACAUGUUUACUUUUUAGUUUGUUAGUGACAGUGGUCUCCAUUUUAAAGUUGUUUGGGUAUUUGACGUAGUAAUAUAAUGUAAUUGCACGAGCAAGCUAUGAUAAAAAACAAUUUUAGGAGUUGUGAAA